GACUGGCUGGUGAGAAUUAGCGACCACAAGUCUGAUGCGGCGAAGGCGAUCGACGAUACCUCCCCGCAGGCAGUGGAGUCGGCAAAGUCCAUGGCGAUGAAUGAGGAGCAAGUGAAGAGAGAGGACACGAACACCACUCAGAAGACCAACGCAACAGCCAAGAUGGAGGGCCGGGAGUUGAAGAGUCCGCCAUCCGGGCUCACACAGCCGUCACCGCCUCCUUCCAAGCGCAUGAAGGGGAAGAAGGGAAAGGCCCAGUAUUUGGAGCCGACCAUCGUUCCCGACUUCAGCAUCAUGCCCCCGAUCCAGGACGCAGAGCAAGCACUUUGCGAUCCGCAAG